GACGUAAACCGUGCAACCUGUGUAUUUAAUUAAAACGAAACAUGUGCAUGAACCCAGUUAGACAAAGUGUUCUCAACCGGAACGCGGAGGCAGCGCGAGCGGGUUCCUCCUGCAACGCAACGACAUUCCAGGGUGGAAACGACCAGUUAUCCUGUUGAUGGGAGGAGUGAAAUCCGGACAGCGAGCACGAAGAACCCGUUCCGCCAGCCUCCCCCCCUCUCUCUCCGCCACCUCCUCCCCCUCGCCGCCCGCAGCCCGGAACCAGCCACACAGUCCGGGGAGCGCGUCCCCGAACCAUCUCGACUCUUUUAAUCUGAGCCGAGAGUCGCAGAAUAAAUAACAAAAAGGGGACCCAGAGUUUUUUUAUUUUUAGGUCGGGGGGUGGGUGGGUGAUGGAUGCCGCCGAGAGAACCGGCCCGGUGAGCCGGCUGGAGCGGAGCAGCCACACGGCGUUCCUGGAGGAGCGCGCGCUGUACGUGUGGGGAGGCCACCAGGUAGUCGGUGGAGAGGACGUCAUGUUACCCUCUGAUGAAAUCUGGCUCUGUGAUUUAGACAGCGGGACCUGGGAGUGGCGGAGGAUCGCCGGGGAGGCCCCGCCGGUGGGCUUUUGUGGCUCUUACGUUAAUGGGAAGCUCUACGUCUUUGCAGGAAGCGACCCCGUGGGAUACGCCAGCGAGAUGUUCAGCGUUGACCUCGCUGAGGAGAGCUACUCGUGGAAGAAAGUUACCGACGCCAAGGGAACGACGCCGUCGCCGCGAAACAAACACUCCUGCUGGGUCCACAGAGGCCGAUUAAUCUUCUUUGGGGGGUACGGCUGCAAGACCAUCGGGGAGGUACGGAACGCGUCGUCGUCAAACUUCGUGGUGGAGGAGAUGUCCUGGACCACGGUUGGAAACGCGUUGUUUCGGUGCUGGGGCUGGAACAAUGAAGUGAGUGUUUUCGACACUCUCACGGCGACGUGGAGCACGGCAAACACUCGGGGUCCCGCUCCGGCCCCCCGAGGCUGCCACGCCAGCGCCCUUCUGGGGAACAAGGGUUACAUCUCUGGAGGCGUGGAGAAGUCAGAGUUGGACAUGUUCUGCUUGGACCUGGAGACGUGGACCUGGACUCAAUUUGACCUCGGCCCGUCCCGCGCCCCCCUGGGACGCUCCAUGUUCACCAUGACGCCCACAUCGGACCACACGCUCUUCGUGUACGGUGGUCUCGGCACGGACGGAAGCACUCUCAAUGACGCCUGGCAGUUUAACACUCAAAAGAGGGAGUGGAACAAGAUGGCGAACCCUCAUGAAGACAAGCCCAGAGUUUGUCACACGGCGUGCCUGGGAAGUGACGACGAUGUCGUUGUGUUUGGGGGAAUUAGCAACAUGUGCUUCCUCAUGGACUCUGUGUUCAUUCUGAGGGCUCCAGCACAAAACCACUGCAGAGACGUGUUUGUGUUCCAGACCCAGCCGUACUCCCUCUUCAGACUGUGUGAAGACCUGAUAGGAAGGAACCCGGAGCGCUUUGGAAACCAUCUGAACUGGUUGCCGUCAAAAGUACACAAGCAAAUCAACAAGAGAGUUGCCUUUUUCUCAGAGACGAAGGCCGUUCUCACAGCAUGAAGACUUUGUUUUUAAAAAAAAUCCAAACUUGUCAAUUAUUACAGAACUGUCUUCUUGGGACUCAAGAAGGCGGUUGGUCUUUAGUUUUGUCUGUCAAAUAAUUGUUUUAACUUAAGAUUAAUGAUUGUAAAUAAGCUUUUUUUGACUUAUUUUAAAAAACUGUUUAGAUUUAGUAACAUUUUAAUGAUGUGGAAUCUGUUUUUGAAUAAAGGUGAUGUGUUGUAUAUUA